AAUGAAGAUAUUGUACAACUACUACAAGCAGCAGAGACAGGGAAUCUGAAAGAGGUUAUUAAAUAUAUCAAUAAAUUAGAAGAUACGAACAGAAGUAAUAAGAAUGGUUUAACAGCUCUACACUUAGCCAGUAAAAAAGGACACGUAGAUAUUGUAGAAACUUUGUUAGAAAGAGGUGCUGAUAUUCACGCUGUAACUAAGAGAGGGAACACAGCUUUAAGCAUGGCUAGUUUGGCAGGUCAUCUCAAUGUGGUCAAAUUGCUGAUUGCUAAUUUCGCUAAACUCAACACCCAAUCUCAAGAAGGAUUCACUCCACUGUAUAUGGCGUCUCAAGAAGGUCACGAAGAAAUAGUUCGUUAUUUACUGAAUCAUGGUGCUAAUCAACAUAUACCAACUAAGAAUGGUUUUACUCCCUUAGCUGUUGCUCUCCAACAGGGUCACGAACCAGUGGUCAGUCUAUUAAUAGAACAGGGGUCAAAGGGCAAGAUUCAUCUACCAGCACAUCAUGAGUCUGAAGAUGACAGAUCUAAAUCACAACGAGCAAAAUCUUCGAAAAAACGGCACCAAUCAGACGAACGUGAUUCAUCACCACAACAACGUAAACAUCAAUCACCACAUAGCGAGAAAGAGGAAGAUUCUUAUCAACAGUCCAGCACUCAACGCAACGGCUCACGUAAAAAACAUUCCAAAAAAUCAAGGCAUAGAGAUAGUGAUAAUUCAGAAAGGUCAUCACCAAGGAGAUCGAGGGGGGAUAACUCUCGUAGUAAAAGCAGACG